AUGGCUAUCAGCUGUUUUUUAAAUAACGCGAAAAUUAACACUAUUAUCCCAUAUGAACCAGAGAUUGAUUUUGAGAGUGCUUUGAGUCUUUCGGUACAGCAUGGCUCCGAGGACGGUGCAUGGCCGUUUUCCAAUAUACAACAACGCAACCUUCUUUUCUUCGAUGAGCUUGUCACUACAUAUAUUGUUCUUCAGCUGGUUGACUGCGAAGAAGCUGCCUUGAAAUCACAAAUACAAAAUAUAGCGCUCCAGCUGGACGUCUAUGCUUUAACUGUAGCGGAGUCUAAACCAGAAGCUGAAAACGCUUCAGCGUCACCUAAGGAGGUCAUAUUUUCUAGCUCUAUCAGGGACAUUGAUGACCCCCUUGUGAUCGUCAAUGCCGUGGGCGAUGACGAGGGCACCCGGAAUCAUAUAUACGUGAUUUGGAAAUCAGAAGCAUAUUUGAAUCGCCCAAGGGCUCGUAUACAACAUCCGUCUGUAAUAUUCUCCGCCUCCGCUACGAUCGGACCGGUGAAACGCUUGCAGAGGGCUGUUGAGGACGAAUAUCUUCCAAGUCUCACUCCUGCUUCCGCGAAUGUCUUUCAGCCGUUAAUCGGAUUCGAGGCACAAAAUACUGCACCACCAUAUCUUCCAGCAUCUCGACUCUUGCGCGUGGCACCUGCCGCAAAGACCGAGGAGCCAUCUUUUGACAUAUCGCAGUCCGCGCCAGUCCCUAUUCGCAUCAUUCCCGCCGCGAGCGCAAGAGUGCGGUACGCCCGAACGAACACGUAUUCUACUCAACCUGCGGUAAUCGCUAGUCUAGACUUUGAAGUGACCCCUCUCAUGAAUCUCGAGCUGAACUUGGAGUCCGUGGAGAUUUCAUUGUUACAUGGUACAGUGGAAGAUUUCAGUUCUUCAUCUGAUGUUAAAUUGCCUAUUUUUUGCCGUGCACGAGACGACCUCACGUUCAUUUACAAGCUGGUUGCGGGUCAGGCCGGGCAUUAUUCUACACUGGAUAUUUCGAUAAAGGCUGUUGUUUUGUUGUCGAAAACCUGCCAGCCAGAAGUUUCUAUGAGAUGGAAAACAAGUAUCGACUUUUCUAUACCUCUUAAUCCUACUUUUGGUGGCGCCAGCCAAGCGUUACAAAGAAACAAUCGCCCCAGUAGCCUUUCCAUGACUAUGAAUUCGACAGGAACAUCAUUUAGCGGGGCCCCACCAAGAAGGUCACCCAUUUCUCCAAGGGAAUGCGGGUUAACUGUGACAUUUUCCGCUCCAUUAUAUGUUGAAGUUGGACAGCCAUUUGACUGGUGUGCUUUCAUUGUUAACAAAUCCGAUAAAAUGCGGCAUUUCGCCAUCACAGUCAUGCCUAAAGACCCCAGGCCUAGCGAGAGCCCUAAUCCACAAAGCCCAUCCUCUAUCAAUACCAGCAUUGCCGCGGGUAAUGUGGCAGAAGCCGUUGUAGAUGAAAGCGACAUCUUCAUAAUGACACAAAAAGCAGUUCCCCAUGAAACAAAAUUACUCUUUCUCAGUUCCGAAGUCAUAUCCAGGUAA